AGUGCUGUUCGGCCUGUUCCGCGGCCGCUCGGUCAUUUUCGCCUCUUUGUUGUACUGAUAGUGGAUUUAACUCGGAUUCAACCCAAUAUCCAGCGGACCGUGCUGCUCCCAAACAGGCUCCAAUGAGAGUCUCUCCAUGAUGAGGAGCUAACACUGUCGGCCGCACAACCGCAGGAAGAGCCGGGCCGCUGCACCCCCCCCCAGCCGACGCAUGGCGGUGUUAGGGAACCCCGACAUGCUGACGAGGAAAAUAAAGCUGUGUCACAUCAACGCCCACAUCACAUGUCGUCUGUGUGAUGGAUACCUGAUCGACGCCACCACCGUCACCGAGUGCUUACACACCUUCUGCAGAAGCUGCCUAGUGAAGUAUCUGGAGGAAAACAACACGUGCCCCACGUGUAGGAUUGUUAUUCAUCAGAGCCAUCCACUGCAGUACAUCGGCCAUGACAGAACAAUGCAAGACAUUGUCUACAAAUUGGUACCGGGACUUCAAGAGGCGGAGAUAAAGAAGCAGCGGGACUUUUAUCAGAAGUUGGGGAUGGAGGUGCCGGGAGACAUUAAAGGAGAUCAUUGCCACAUGAAGACGCAUCUAGAUCAACGCAACGGCGACACAAAAACAGAGGACGCGGUCCAUAAGGAGCCGGGAGAGGAGAAACCAGAGGAGGAGAACGACUAUCACCGGAGCGACGAGCAGGUCAGCAUCUGCUUGGAGUGCAACAGCAGCAAGCUGCGAGGUCUGAAGAGGAAGUGGAUCCGCUGCUCGGCACAGGCGACCGUCCUGCACCUCAAGAAGUUCAUCGCCAAAAAGCUCAACCUGACAUCGUUUAAUGAGCUGGACAUUUUAUGCAACGAGGAAAUUUUGGGAAAGGACCACACUUUGAAAUUUGUUGUUGUGACAAGAUGGAGAUUUAAGAAAUCCCCCCUCCUGCUCCAUUACAGACCCAAGAUGGAUCUGCUGUAGCCAACACGGACACAACGGUUGUUUUUCUUUUUUAUCCUGGUGGCCGCGGACUGUGCCGAAAACCUUUUUAAUUUAUGCAAAGACGAUCAUCCAACACCAAGCAAACACCCGACGGUAAAAGUCAACACGAGCCAGCUAAUCGGGAUUUAAAGGGCGAGGGGGGCAGCGACAACAAAAAAAACUGGCAACCUCCAGCACAGAUACUGCAACACUGGUGUGUUUUUAGGAACUAAAACAACCUGUUUUUUGUCCGCUACAUCCUAGAUAUGUGAACAAAACGAAAAAAUGGAGAGUAAAGCAUAUAUUUAUACUUUUGUACAGAAGAGACACAUGGAACCAAGACACUACUGGUGCUCUGUUUACACGCAAACACGAUGUCGGGAAUCACCGUCUUUUAUGAGCUUCAUGCAGAUUUCAUCCUCCUGAGACUGAGACGGGAGGAGGACGGGUCUUUUUUUUAUAUAAAAAGGUGUUUUUUUCUUUCUUUCUUUCUUCAACAAUACACUCGACACGUCUUGGGAGCACAGAAAGUUUAUGGAGAAAUUAUAUACCAGGCUGUUUCACGUAAAUUGUCUCUGAUUUUUUAUUUUUUAUUUUUCUCAGUUCGUCGGCUUUGUCUAAUUUUGCUAUUGGGUUCUUGAUGAUUGUCAAUUGUGAAUAGGCUUAAAAAAAUUGUGUAGUAAUUUAUGUUCUAUAUACCAAUAUUGUACAUAAAAUGUCAUUACAGAGAAAGAGAGAGACUGAAGAGAGUAAGAGAGACUUUAGACUGUUAGAAGAAAAGAGAGUGGAUCCCAGAAGUGCUAUCUUACGGUGGCUAACACGUGCUAACGCGCUCCAGCGGCCCAACACUUUUCCAUUAGUAGACACACGCUUCACUUUGAAAAACUAUGCAAAUAUAAAAACACAAAUGGGCCAAAACUCACGUAAAUGAAGAAACGUUUUCACCAACUUGACAACACAUGGGCAGCAUUUACUAAAAGCUCUGCAAGAAGCUCAAAACACAACGGAAACCAGGGGAUUAUAACACUGGAAACUAACCUUAAAAUAAAAGUUUUAAUGGCUUAUUUUAACAAUGUGAUCACAUGAUUCCUUCUGAUAUUAUUGCAGAUCUUCUGUAAGCUAACAUAGCUAACCUACUAAUUUAAAUAAUAAUGAUAAAACACUGACAGUUAUGAAACAGACUAACUCUGCCAACAGUUGUCCAGCUUUAUAAUCCCCGAACGUCACCUUGUGCUACGUUCCUAGCCGUGUGCGACACUUUUUUAGUGUCCCCUAGUUUCCGUUGUGUUUUGAGCUUCUUGCAACGUUUUAGGAAAAUGCUGCACAUGUGUUGUCAAGUUGGUGUGGAUGUUUCUUCAUUAACAUUUGUGUUUUUAUACCUGCAUUGAUUUUGAAACUACUAAGCGUUUGUCCUAUGGAAAUAUUGUUGUCCAUUGUAGCGUGAUUGCACCUGUCGGCCAACGUACUAUCUAUAUGUCGGGGGCGAUAAAUUAGGAUUUUUAAAGACAGACUCACUAUCAGUAUCAAAGUAUAUAGAAGCUUCUCUAUGUUGUCUGAGAAAGACAACACAAAACAAAUAUAUCAGAUCCUCUGCCAUGUGUGUAUGUUACAUUGAUCUCAUAGCAUUACAAGACUUUAGGAAGAAAGCUUCCCCUCAUCUCACCGGCCAUCCACGUCUUUUUUUUGGGUUGUUUCAACGUCAUUAUCGACCAACACAGUCUUAACAAUAUCACUACAGAAAACACACUUUUGCUCAGAAAUGCCUGCAGGACAUAAAACAUGCAAUAUUCAGGCUGAAAAUGUUUCAAAAAGCAGUCUUUAAUAUCUGUUUCUGCAGUCUGACAGUGACACACCCACAUGUUUACAGCUUUUGUUUGAGGAGCUAGCAGCAGAUGUUGUUUGCCCUCUUUAAAACAUGCAUUUCAUUCUGCCUCAUUUUCCCAAACUCUCUCAAAUCUCCAUUUAAUUUUGACUUGUAAUUUGCAUACCAGUCUCACUUGUCUUGAAACAGAGUAGAGCAUCUUAUCCCCAAUUUAAAUUCUGAUGUCAAAUAUGGAUAUUUUCCCGCCCACAGGAAGUGAAUAGAUUGGUGCAGGGAUGAAGUGUCUCUGACCCAGGUUGGCAUCUUCCUGGUUCCCUCGACAAGAACAAAUGUGAUAUUUCCAUUGGGUUUCAGAGGAAAUAAUCUCUGUGGCAACACACGUUUAUGAUGCUUACAUGUUUUGUUCAGCAGGAUCAUUUCCACAUAUGAACACCACUUAAUAAAUGUUAAAGUGCAGUAGUCAGAAGUAGAAGGCUAACGUUGAUUUCACGCAGCCACCGCUAAGCUAAAGGCAGCUAAUGUUCGGCCUGACAGUCUCGUUUAGACACACGCUGUUUAUAAAUUCACCAGUGGGGUAUUUUAUGUCGUGGAACAAAACGUAAAAGUCUCUUCAACUUGUGUUUACCACAGACCUUAUUUCUGAUUUCCAACAACAAACACAUCCAGAAAAACAGUCGAGAUUGAGCUAAGGUGACCGGAAGUGCUAAUAUGCUAACUCAUUUCUGGGUUUUAGGACUCAUUCCUGCAGACCUCUAUUAAGGUUUAGAAGUUGAGGGCACAUCACAGUGGUCUGAAGUCUCACAGGCGGUCCGGUUUGAGAGACAUGAGUAGAUUACUGACGUCACAUGGUGAGUUUAAGGAGUUUAUCUUUCAGUUUCUUCUCAAUGCCAGUCGGAGCUUCAGAUGUGCAAAGUUUCAGAACAUUUCUGAAAGUGAAGUGGAUAUUGUUUUGUUCGUCACAGAUUUAGUACAAAACUUGGAUUUUGUUUCUGCAGGAUAGCCAGUGUUCAAUAUUUUUGACACAUUUCCGAGUGUUUUUAAGAACUCGUGAUUUUCAGGUUUCACACAGGGAGGUUUUUUGAGCAUUUUGAUAUUGAAAUUUGAAUUACAAUGACUCCCGUUGGGUCAUUUGGUGCUUAUUGAUGUGUGUUUGUAAUCCUGAGGAGGACUGUUCCUCAGGAGCGUAACAAAUGUUCUGUCAAACUACAAAAAUGUCUUUACUCAAUAACUGUCUUUAACACAACUGGAUCCCUGAACGCCGGACCUCAAGUAGUAUUACCUCACUGUCUGCAACUACACAACAUUUAUUUACCUUUGCAUUGUUUCACUACAAGCCGUGUUGUCUGUGUUCAUGCAGGGUUCCUAUGCAUUGUUAGGCUCCAAAACGUCUGUAAAAAUCUAUUAAUUUCUAAUAACAAGUUGGGAAUGUCUGAUUCACACUUUGGCUGAAAUCCUCUUAUCUUUCCCAGUAUUGCGAUAGUUUAGUAUCGUGAACGAAGUUGGUUAUCUGAUCUACAAUUGUAAGUCUGUUAUAAUGGAACAUUUACAUAUUAAGAAAUGUAUAGGAACCCUGCCUCAUAAGGACCUUUGACGUGUGAAUUAUAAAGUUGUUUUUUUUAGCCUACACUUCUGUAAACUCUACCAGCUCAACCAAAACUCCUCCAACAGUCUGUGAUCUCUGAACUUAUCCUUAUAAAUUAACCUUUGAUUUACCAAGGCCCUAAAUCCAGUACCAUAUGAAGAGUGUUCAUUAUGUUUGGUUUCUAUUUCACUACAUAAAAUCAUGGAAAGUAUUGGUUGAGAAAAGGUUCAAAUGCAAAUAAAUCUUUGUGAAAAUCUGAUUAUAAAAAUAUAAUUUGCAGCGCAUGAACUCUGAUUUUUAAAUUACUUUAAUUCUUGCGAUUUCUCCCUUUUUUGUAUCUACUGGGAACAACACAUACCAGCUUUUGGUGAGCAGAAACAGACACAACAUCUAAUCUGAUUGUUUCCUUACCUGGGUGAAAACAAUGAGCCUCAGCUUGUGAGCUUAUUGUGUUAGAACUUGCUAAAAAUCCCCACAAAAUCAUGUAAACCUGUGCUUUACUACAGUAUGUGUCUGUCGGUGCAGACCGGGUGUUUUACAGGCGUAUUCACAGGUUAUUUCUGAGUCACACUGAUCUGGUUUGCAGUUGUAUUAUUGGGGGAACAUGCCGUUUGUCCUGGUGUCAGCCAUUUAAAAAUAUUAAUGUUAUUUUUCAAUUUAGCAGUCUGUAUCUCCUUGUCAUGUGCGCACUCUGUUUGUGAUGAAAUCUCUUCAAUGUGCAGAGGCUUAUUCCCACCAAAAGGUGCUACUCAAAAGUCUUUUAACACUUACAUUUCUGUAUCGUGCAGAGCAGACACUGUGUGAAGGACUGGCUUUGAAACAAAGGUUACAUGCGUGUGUUUUCAUUUGAUUGUUGUACCCAUUUUGUUUGAGGAGGCUCUGUUCACACUGCUGCAGAUUUUGUGCAAAAAUGUUCUGGAUUUUUCGUCAUUUCAAAAAUAUUGUGUAGUCCUUUUCUUGAUUUGCAGAUAUUAAGACAAAUCACAGAGUAUAUAUAUAUUACCUACAUGAUGAGAGAUAGAGACACAAAUGUGCAGGUGCAGAUUUUGCAGAGCUUAUCUUCUCUGUCGUUGACCAAAUUUUGUUAUUUGGCAGCAAGCUAAUCUCAUACAAAUAUCUUUAUUUCAUCAUCGUAAGCUUUUCUCAAUGCAUAGAAGACAUCAGCACAAAUACAUAAAUAAAAGCAGCAAUAAGAAGGCUCUAUAUAGAUUAAAUUAAGUUAAAUAUACAUCUAUUUUACAACCUGCUGGUUCAAAUACACAAAUCUGAAACGCUGCGAUGUGAACAAAGCUUCCUCUUCCUCCUGGUGUUCUUUUGGUGUGUGAUCUGUGAAGGGGAACCUGAUGGAAAAGUCUGUGACGGUCAGAAAAGUCUCUGGCUCGGUGCUUCCUUUGGUGCUAAUGUUCAAAAAAGAUUCAGACAGAGACACGAAAGCACUGUUUUGCAAAGACCUCCUGUUUUGUUUUGUUUGCACUGAUGUUGCUCACGCUUAAGUCCUUGGGUUGUCUUUAUCUUGUCUUGCGGUGCAGAGAUCGGUGCUCCCUUUCUUUGUCCCUUCAUCUCUCAUCGUAUUGUAUGGUUUGGUGCUCUCUUGCCUGGGCUCGCACAUAGACUGAUUCUGUGAAAAAUAAAAAUGGUGAGAAAUCAGAUGUGCUAGCUGCAAUUUCCUGCCUCAAAGUGAAACUCACGCUUGUUACGCGACUCGGGUCAACAUUCAGAUUGAGACUUGCUUCGAAAAACACUUUCCCAAAGUUAUCUCGACCUUCUCUGCGGCUCAGUGUGUGUCUGAACGCUGCAGUGGAUCGAUGUUGGUGCUUUCUUUAUCGGCCCGGCAUAGAGACAUCAGUGACAGCCGAGUUAAGAGGCUUUAGAGCAGGCUGCAGAUACGAACGGUCUCCGUGUGUCAGAGUCUCCGAGGCUUUGACCUUGAACACCUGUCAGCCCGUUUGUUAUCUGGGAUCUGAGCGAGGUGGGCUGCGUGGAAAUGUUGAUUUCAAGGCGGUUUUCAAGCCGGUACGCCUCCACCUCGAUGUGAAGGAGAGUAAACAAUUUAUUCUCCUUUCUCUCAGCAUUCAUUUGUUGGCAGCAGAAUCAUUCCUGGCUCUUCUCUGUUCACUCCGCUGUGAUAAGUGUCCACUCUACGAGGGUGAUCGCUUUCUUUUGUUGCCCGGCUCACACUGUCCCUUAUUUUUAAAUCCUAGGUAGAGCUUUCAGUAAUCUCAGCGUCAGGGUUGGUGUGAGGCAGAGGAGUGGACCAACACAAAUGGAUAUAUCGACACUCCAAAAUAACUAAUUGUCACAGGUUGCUCGGCUCUGAGAAGCUCACAUGCACUGAAUCCCGUCCUUAUAGCAAAUAAAUGUUAAAUUAUGGAGUGUUUUACCACUUCAGGAUUGUGACGUUUCCUUCUUUUGAGAUUGUUUACUGGCGGUAGGAUCGGCAAAGUCCUUUUUUUCGAAGGCAAAUCCCCUUGACUUUAGUGUACGAGUGCUAGAUUGAGAUUGUUAGUUUCAGUAAUUCGGGAUAUUGGGUAAAACCCCCGUGAGCCAUAGCAAAUGUCGUACAAAAAAAUCUGUCCAAUUUUCUUUUUUAUUGUUAUUUAUUUAUGCUGAAAAAGUGACUUCUGCAGUUUUUGAAAAGAGUUUUUUUUUUUUUGUGGAAUUUAUACCGGACUCAUAAAAUGGCUUAAAUUAGAGAAUUUAGAAUUUUGUUUUAUUCCAGGUGUGUCUCUGCAAUGCGCCGUCUAAUAAAUCCAUCGUUGUCAUCUUAGGUCAAGACAAAUUAAACGUUGUGGUUAUUGUAUUUGCAGGAGGAUGUGCAAUCUACGGUUCUCCGAUGGUUCCAGGUUUCAGUGUUUUUUUUUCUGCUUUUGUUAAUUUUCCAGUCAGUUCCUCAGGUCACUAAAUGCCUUCUGGUCCUGAGGGUGACCAGGAACUCUCAGAACAUACACUAAUGCACCCGAAAAACAAAAUGACUGGAUUUUACUUUAGUCUCGUCUCUCUCUCGUUUCUCCCCCUCCCCUCCUCCCGUGACAAUUUCCUCAGACUCUUUGUUUAUUUUCAGGUGAACUCGGGCACUUAUUCAGGUGUCCUUUUUCUUGCCUCCUUUUUGUAUUAUUGUUAUUUAUUGCACAUGUAAUGAACUGGUUUCCAUUGCCGCAUUUUAAUUCAAGGAGUUUUGGGUCUGAGAAUGGGGCGGGAAUUUCUUACGUACAAAACUACAGAAGCUUUUGUCAAAACCUGAGUGUGUAUUUCAUCAAUAAAUGCCUUUAAAAGUG